GGAGCUCUUCCGGGUCAUGCAGUCGUGUUUACGAAUAAACCGCGCAGCAUUACAUAAUCUCUCCUCGAUGGUGUAAUCAUUCGCUUUAGCCUGUUUUUACAGCUUACUGCGGUACUUUAUACAUAUAUAAUGGGUCCAAACAGGAUCUACAUCAGUGUGGGCUAUGCCACGUUCGGCAUGCUGGUGGGAUUUUCGGCGUUUAUCGUGUGGAAUGUGGUUUAUAAACAGCCAUGGACGGCGGCGACGGGCGGGUUAUCAGGCGUUCUGGCACUCUGGGCAUUGGUCACCCACAUUAUGUACAUUCAGGACUACUGGCGCACAUGGCUGAAAGGACUCAAGUUCUUCAUGUUUGUUAGUUCGGUCUUCUCCCUCCUGGCUGUUGCUGCUUUUGCCACCUUCAUAGCUUUAGCUGUUAUAGAAAAGCAGUCAAUAACUGACCCCAAGAGCUUCUAUCUAUCUGCCGUGUGGAGCUUCAUGACUCUUAAAUGGGCCUUCCUGCUGGGCAUGUACUCCCACCGUUACCACCAGGAGUUUGCUGACAUCAGCAUCCUCAGUGACUUUUGAUUGGCUCCUACAUCUGUAGUAGAUUUGUAGUUGCCAGACGGUGGCUUCACCUGCCAAUGUGGAGAUGGAAGAAAGGAUGGAUCUCUUUUUUAAAACCGUCUUACAGCCUCCUUGCUUUCACAGAAAGACUCAAAUCUCAAUCCUCCUUCCCUCAGAUCCAGGCCUAAUGUCUGUGAUCCGCUUCUUUCCUGUCUUUUUGAGUUAACUUGAGGUUUUACAUUGACAUGUUUCAAAUGAAGUGAGUAUACUAAGAUGUGGCAACUUCCCUCCAAAUGUCAGAUGUGAAAUGAAGGCUGUCCUUCACUGUCAGAAAAAACGUGCAAAAAUUGUAGAUUGUCAUUGGGACAGUAGACCUUGUCUCUACCUCUUUAAUAAGGGUGCAUAUUUGUUCCUGAGAGUGCUGAUGAUAUGCAUUCUUAGGGUAUUACUAUAAACCAUUUUUGGAGAAUGUGGUCCAAAAUGCACACUUUGAAGAGACGAAGUACAAUUUUUGCAAUUUUUCUUCUUAGAGUAUUGAAUGAGGUGUGAUGAAGGAUUUGCACAGCUUUAUCUGAUGGUCUCAGCCAGCGAUGGUGGAAUCGACUGAUUUAAUGUCACUGUCGUUUUCAGAUAUAGUGUUCUUUAUUAUUCGCCAUUGCAAUUGUUAUUGUUAUUUCUUUUUAAAUGUUGUUUAUACUGAGUUCUAUUUAUGAUAGGCUGUGUUUGGAUACUACCAUACUAGUAAUUCUGCAGUAAGUAAUUUUUUUAAUUUAUUUAUUAAAAAGACGUCUCUUAUGUUCACCUAGGCUGCAUUUAUUAGGUCAAAGAUGCAGUAAACACAGUAAUGUUGUGUACAGUACAUUUAACCAUGUUGACUUGUUAUUUGAUCAGACUACUAAAAGCCAAGACAAGUAAAAUAUUCAUACAUGAUUCCUUACUGAAAUGUAACAAUGUAGCAUUCUAAGCUUAUUGGUGCGUUAUGCAUUCUGUUUUGGAUACUACUUUUAUAUAGUAAAUACUUUAGUAGUGUGACUAGUAUUUUGUUCCGAAUGUUACCAUUAAUGUAUUAUUAAUAUGCAGUUCCUCUCUUUGCCACUAGAAGAUUGAGCAAUUGAAUGAAUGACUAACUGGUGCUCAGUCCUUUGCAUAUGUUAUGUUUUUAGUUACUUAUAUAUUAUCACAAAAUUGUAUGAAGUUAAAGCCAUGAGCUGAUUUCACCAUAUUUUUGAAAACUAAAUAUGUUAUGUCAUCAAGUGAAAUGUUAUUUUUGGGUUAUUUUACUUCAAGAUAUGCCAGACAAAACAAAAGUUUAUGUUUUAAAAUUCAUGUUUUGUUUAUUUGAGGAAUGAGCGCUCCGUGUGUUUGUGUGUUGAGCAGAUGUUCUGUUGUAAUUUGCAGAUGUUAAAGGAAUAGUUCUCCCCAAAUCCUGCCAUUUAUUCACCGUCAUGUCAUUUAAAUCCCAUUUUUUUAUAGUAAAAAAAAGUAUAACUCAUAUAAUUGCUUUGUAUGAGAAUCAGACAAAAAAUUAUUCAUAUUUAAAUUAGUUUAAUUAUGAAUAAAAUUAUUGAACCAAAAAUUAUAUUGAUGGUGAGUAAAUAAUUUUUGAAGACUUGGAAAACAAUCCAGUUUUAGGAGCCAAAAAAUAACAAAAACAGAUUAUUUUGCACUAGAUUACAUAGAAAUGUUAAAUGUAUUAUUUGUUUUAAUGAGUAGAAGGGGUCAUCUCCAAAAUGCUGUAUGUAGCGUGUAUGUAAAGGAGUUUUGUACCAUUCUCCUUUUAACCAGUUGUAUGCAGAUUCAUCUGAUUACAGUUAUACUACCUGCAGAUUAAAACUUUGCACAGUGUGUGUUACAUUGAGACUUUUGAAGGGGAUUAAAGUACUGUUGUUUAAAUCUA